AUGCAACAACCAGCACACGACCAUUCGAAUUGUGUAAGAGAUGCUAUGCGCACACUUCAACAGAGAGCCAUUAUUCUCAAUAGAAAUUUUGAAAACGGAAGAGAAACUGAUCAGCUAUUCCCAACUUUGCAUGAAAACGUCCGUGAUAUGUUGGAGAUAGUGCGUAGAGAUCCCGCGAAUUGUCUGGCUCCUUGUCCAAUGCCACAAUUUCCACAACAGCCCCAUCUUGUAAAUUAUACGAACGUGAUCGACCAAUUUUUGAAUAGUAAUCCCACGAUUGGAGCGUGCUCUGUUUUUAGACUUUCCGAUAAUGAGACAAUUAUUAGGAAUGGAUUCUUUUUCAACUUAACUAACGCUGAAAAAUCGGAGUUGGUGUCAUAUUUCGGACCAAAGAGAAAUGCAAAAAAUAAACGAAUCACACUUGACAACGAGACAUUUCGAUUCUGUGCUCACAAAAUGAUACUGUACGGGAACACGGAAAAUGAGUUCUAUUACUUCACUUGCCUCAAAACGAAACGAGUCGUUAUCGCGUUUUUCGGGCGAAGGAGUUUCAUGCAAUUACACAGACCGGUAUGGUGGCUUGGUGAAAAUCUAAAGAAUCAAGAGAACUGA